ACUGAACGUACUUCUUAAAACAAGAUGGUUCCCUUUCACACUUCACAGAGUGGUGCUUGUUGUAUCGAGUUUUCAAAAGUCGUGGAUAUUUUACGGAAACAAAGUUAUUUUUCUUAAGUAGGGACUGAACUCUGAAAAAAUUAAACGUACAUAUAUCGUUAAAUAUUUAGCAUUAAUUUCAUGAUGCGGCGACGAAGUGAAAGAAAGAAGUCCACUGAAGUUUCGUCUCCUGCCCCGGUGUCUCGUCGAACAAGUCGUCGAUCGCGUAAAACAUCUGAAACUGCGAGUGAAAAAGGCGCAUAUCCCGAAAUGUCCCCGCAAGGGGAUGAGACGGAAAAGGGUACUCAAAAUGCAGAUUGUCCCGUUGAUACCAUUAAUGAAGAACCGUCAACUGAACCUGGUAAGAGCCGUUCACGUAAUCGCACACCGGUAAAGGAUCGGAGCAGUCCCGCCAAACGUAAAGCUCAGAACACUAUCACUGACUUAAAAAUAGAAGCUAUUCCGGAAGAAAUCCAAUCUGUAAAAGAGGAGUGUUCAAAUGAGGAAAAAAUGGACCAAGAAUUAAAUUUAAAGAAAGAAGCACUUCAAAAAUCGGAAUCAGAUAUAACAGCGGCUUCAUGCUCAUCAAGUCCGAAAACUAAUGUUGAUAUUAUGAAACCUUUGGAUGUGUUAGAAAUUCAAGCGGAAGAUAAUGAUGAAGAAAAGUUGCAAUCACAAGAUGCACUGAGCAAAAAUGAAAGCUUAGUUGACAAUGUUACUGUGUCUGAGAAAAAAGGCGAAGAAAAGCCUCAAACUGAAGUGGUAAGCAAAGAAGGUGAAGCCCCAGUUACUGAUAAUACAAAUAAUUCUAAAAAUGAUAUGUCAAACCCUCAAUCGCCCAAAAGCGAAGCUAUUAAUUCCGAGGAAAAAACUGAUGUAAAGGUAAAUAAACGGACGUGGAUAACAACAAAGAGGACGGUACAAAACAGGAGCCCGCUCCUUGUGAUUACCACUGAAACAUUGAAAACAUCAAUUCCUGAAAACGUACAUCCUGCUCCACAAGUUAACUUGGCAUCUUCACCUGAAGUACAAGAGGUUAACUCGGAACGUGAGGAAGGCGAAGAGACUCCUUCCCCAGAAAGGGAGAUUCACAGACCUAGUACUACUAAUAGUGUUGAAAAAACAAAUCGGAACCAAAGUGAAUCAUCUUCCGUACAAAGAACCGUUAACAAAGUUAAUAUAAAAGUUGAACAACGUUCACAGAGUCCACAAAAUAAGAAAGCCACUAAUAUACUUUUUAUAACAAACCUUGUACGACCAUUUACUGUACUUCAAUUAAAAGGGUUAUUAGCUCGCACUGGAAAAAUGGUGGAGGAUGGAUUUUGGAUCGAUCGCAUCAAAUCGAAAUGCUAUGUACAAUAUGAGACAGAAGAUGAAGCCAUUGAAACGCGGCAUGCCUUACAUGGAGUACGUUGGCCGGUUUCAAACCCCAAAUGCUUAAUUGUAGGCUUUGCAAAACAGAGUGACAUGGAUCGUGCUAUUCAAUCUACCAAAGAGGAGCAAUCCAGUUUUGGUCAAGAAAGUCAUAGAGAUAAUGUUCUUAUCGGCAUGGGUUGGAAUAGAGAUAGGAAUGGCGUAGAUGAAAAGAGGACAAAAAAGAAUUUUGGGUUAUUGGCUCAAUGUAAUAUAUUUCAGACAAUAAGGCCGGUUCGAGAAUGGGAUGUUGGAAAGAAGGAGAGUUUAGAUCGAGAUAAGAACAGAGAAGUCAUAAAGCGGCGUAGCAGAGAAAGGGAAAUUUUUUUUGGCAAUCGGGAAACUGAUCGCAAUGGGAAAGACAGGAGACCCCGGUCUAAGGGAAGAGGAGAUGCGAGAAGUAGUAGCCGAUCGCCAGCACGGAAGGUAAAGAAAAAGGAAAAUGACCCACCGUUAAGACUUCUGGAUGACUUGUUUCGCAAAACUAAGAGUACACCAUGUAUUUACUGGCUACCAUUAACACCAGAACAAAUUGCUGAAAAAGAGGCAUUCCGACAGAAGCGACUUGAAGAACAUAAACAGCGCAUUAAGCAAAGAGAGGUGGAAAAAGGGAAAGAAAGAGAGAAAGAAAGGAAUCGGACCAAUGAACGAAGAGAUAGAGAAAGAGAAAGGGAUCAAAGGCGUAAUCGAUCCAGUGAUCGCCGUUCUCGUAGUCGUGAUCGACGCCGUUACUAAACAAUUAUUGGUAUUGUAUAACCAAAUUAUCAUUACGUCGUCGUUGCAUUUGAAAUUUAUUACUUUUCAACACAUGCAACAGCGGAUGCAUGCUGAACGAAAGCUGAAAUAAAUUUCAUUUAGCAUCGUUCUGAAGUUAAAAAAUGGCAAGUAUUUCAACAAACCUAAAGAAAUAGUUUCCGGCUAUCCUAGCCUUUGGCGAAGAUAUACAUACAUUUUUUGUUUUUUUUUUACUAAAAAUAAUUCAAAGAAUUUCAAAUCACAAAAACAAAUUGUCGCCAAAGUCAUUUUCAAAAGUCUAUCCUUUUCUUAGAUAAACAAAUCGUUAAUUUUUCCAAAUAAUUUUACUCGAAACAGUCGGUAAUUUUGUUAUUUUCAAGUUUUGGAAAUAAGUAACUUACCAUAUAUUGUUUCCAAUGUGUUGCGAAAAAAGUCUUUAUUACUUCUUAUACCCGCAAAAGUUUAGAUUGGGUACUCAAUUUAGUUGCAAAUGCUACUAAAAUAUCCUUAGGAAACGGUCAGAUUUUGAGCAUCCAAAACAUCAAAAUCUGUUAUGAAACUUUCUGGAAAAUUCUUUUAAGUGGAGAGGCGCAGCAGGCCAAUUGAAAUCUACAAUACAAGUGUUCUCGACGCCACCUUGGAUACAAAUUCAGCAGUAAAGUGGCACUUGACCACAUAAAGUUCUUAAUAUCAAUAUACAAUGAUACAAUAUUUAAAAUAAAACACAAUAAGUUCUCUCAAAAUACUUUUGG